UUGGCCCCGAAACUCAUGUUUACUGUUGGUUUCCAGGGUUUCGGUACUAGAAUACUUUUGCUCAAUGACCGAGGGCUGUCUGUUUUUACCGGUGGUUACACGGCGGUGUUGAGAAGAGCAUCGACGCUUACAAUACCUCUUAAUGGUCGGUUACUUUUUCCCGUUUGUCUGCAGUCUUCCUUUGGCAGCGGGUUCCGAGCGUUGAGUGUUAGACCACAAGUUCUUGGUUUGGUUCACCAGCGUCCCCUGUCAGCAAGUGAUCGUUACGCAUGA